AGCGUUCGUCUCCUCGUACGGCAACCAGGCGAGCGAGAGCACGUCGUCGUGUCGCGCGCAUACCAUUAUUUCGUGUCUCGUGUUCAACCUAGAAUACGGUUUCUAUUGUAUACAUAUCGUACGUUCGCGCAUCGGUGCUAAUGGCGGUUAGUUGUUAGUCGGCUUUCGAUUUACCACGAGAGUAAGUCGGUGGUAAAAAUAUCUGGCGUCCGAGUAACGUGUUCUUCUUUUUCUCAGCUCCGCCUUUACGGCGCGUCGCUCACUUCGGGCGUUGUUAAUACGCGCUCGCUGAAUUCCCGGCGUAAUAACCGACAAACAAUAUCGGGCAUCGUUUUCUCGUCGCGACUCGAUCCAUGUAGUUUUACGAAACCGAAGUGGAAAGGAAACGUGAAAGACGCGGUGGGAGUAUAAUUCAGUGAUUUCUCUGCGAGUGAAGUUGAUUUUUGACCUAGUGUUUAUAUGCGGUGACUAGCGCAAUCUCUCAUGCCAAAUAUGCUAUAAAACCGAUACUUUGUGCGUCUCGAUAGUGCGUGAGAGAUACAUAAAAAAGAAAGAAAAAGAAACAGGAUAGUAGACGUGAUAAAGUGGAUGUGAGUGAUACGUUUUGGUACGUUGUGACGACUCGGCGGAGUACUCGCGGACGAAGAAUUCGAGCAAAAUGAUGGGAAAGAGAACGCAGUGCUACUUGUGCGAUCUGCCCAGGAUGCCCUGGGCGAUGAUCACCGAAUUUUCGGAACCCGUAUGCCGCGGUUGCGUGAAUUACGAGGGUGCCGACAGGAUAGAUGCAGUAUUGGAAUCGGCCAAGCAAAUGAAAAAGGCACACGGAUUCCACGAAGCCAGAUCCUCCACAUCGAAAACAUAUAGAGCAACUGGACACACCGAACACAACGGCGGUGCUAAUUUGGAUGUUCUACCGAUACAGAAUACCGGACAGAAUCAUUCGAGGCAUCACAAUAUCGCCGGUUACUCGCAGCUUCAUCAUCGAAAUUCUAUCACAGAAUUUAACUCGGGGUCGUCGAGACAGCAAAUUUCUCGGCAACACGAGGAAACUCAUGAGAUAGCGAAUGGCAUGAGGAGUAAUAACGUGAGAAUCCCGAACGCCCACCUAGCCGCGGUGGCGCAUCACGUGAACCUCAGCCACAACAGAGGCAUCGCACAGCUCAAGCGAAGUAUUUCCACUAUCGACGAGGACGAGCACGCAGAGAAGAGGCUCACGUUGGAGGAGCAACAUUCGGUCAGGCCGCCAUUGACCAGAGGCGAUUCUCUGCCAGCUGUAAGCCUUGCCGUCAGUUACGUGCAGGAUAGAAGCAAGGAGAAACAUCCUGUGAGAGCGCCCAGUUUCGAUACCGCCACUACAUUUAAGACCAAUGGGGCGUACGUCGGUCCGUCUAUCCCAUUGGCACCGGCAAAUGUGGCGGCAAACGGUGGAGGGUCUCCUCUUCGCCCGCGAACGAGCCCUCCACCACCGCCGCCACCGGCGCAAGAAGCCUCCAACGAUAAUCCACAGACGAAUCACCACCAGGUAAUCAAGCUCCAAAUGUUAACGACCGCGUGCGAAUACAUCUAUGAGGAUAACAAUGGUUCGACAAAUGGUCCGUCACCUAUGGCUGCGCUCAUGUCUGUCGCUGACAACUUAGCGUCGCCAGAAUCAGUGCCACAGCCACCGAAUAAUCCGAGUCCAACCAGUAGAAGUCCACCGACCACGGCCACGAACGCUCAGCAACGCAGUGCUUCCAGAGGAUCGCAGCAUAGCCCGAACAGUUCAGGAUCCUCGGGUAGGAGAUCCAAUGGUUCAAGGCACGUGUCGUCGACGACUGUGACAACGUCGUCAGAAGGAGCAGUUGCCCAAGUUGCCGGAGCCGAACAAGUAUCAGCGCCGAUAUUAAAAUGCACCCUGUGUCAAGAACGCCUCGAGGACACGCAUUUUGUUCAGUGUCCCAGCGUGCCACACCACAAAUUCUGUUUCCCUUGCAGCCGAGAAAGCAUAAAGAGACAGGGUGCUGGCUCAGAGGUUUAUUGCCCAAGUGGAGAGAAAUGUCCACUGGCGAACAGCCAAGUGCCAUGGGCGUUUAUGCAAGGCGAGAUAGCCACUAUCUUGGGCGACGAUACCACAGGCUCUGGGCUUAAAGUAAAGAAAGAGAGAGAAACCUAAAGAUUCUCACGCUGUUUUAAAAACGGGGCUCAAAUUUUGCACCCUCUUUGACGAGGGUUAAUCAUGGUGGAACCGUGAAGGUUCAACCAAAAAAUACUUUUUGGUAACGGUGAUGAUACAUGUUUGGCGACGAUAUUGCCAACAUUAUUCGAUUCGAGCCAAAGACGUUGUCGGUGUAAAUUGGAAUUAAUAAUGAAGUUGUUGUCGGGGAAAGUGGACGAUUUUUUUCAGCGACGCGUUUCGCUGGGUGUUCUGUUCACCGAGACAACCGAUUGUUUCGAUCGAUCGUUCGUUCGUCGAUCGAUUGUUUUUGACUGGUCUUGAGAAGAAGUCUUUGGCAAUUUUUGACACGCUGGCGUCGGUCCUGCGCGCGUGUAUAUAUGGGAUUAUCAUAGAACGGUUAAUGCGCGAGGAAAUAAAAAGGAACAGACGUGGCUUUUGUCGAAUAUGUACGAAUAAACGUUAAAAGAAAACGCGAGAGAGAUUUUGUGUCCGGUUUGGGUUUGUACUUAGACUCGAUCGCCUUUCUUUAUUAUUUCUUGUGUCGCGAAUGUUCUCGCGUUUUUUGAAACACUAUACAUACAGAGACGUUUUACACGCCGCACGCGCACGCGUGCUCGCGCGCGCGCGCGCGCGCACACACACACACACACGCACGCACACACAAUCUAAACACUUACAUAUAUAUACAUAAAGUGCAUUAUGGUAACACAACACGAUACCAUUAAAGUCAGGCGGUUGUAUUGUACUUUAUUUUUAUUCACGCUAUCGCGUGAUCGCGGAUUAACCCAAGUCGGGAGUAUCGCACUUCGGUGUUCUGAAACUUGUCGGACAAGUUCCCGAUCGGUCGUCUUUUUCUAAUCUUUUAUUUGUAUACUCUUUCUACUACUACACACUCAUUGUAUGAUAGAAGAAAAGAAAAAAACAUUGCGGACAUAUUUAGACCCAGCGUACGGGUUGUCUGUACAUUAUGUAUAUGUGUACAUACCACGUUAUUAAUAAAACUUAUGGAUUAAAGGAGUAACCAGUUUUAAAUGUACAAAAGAAGGAAAACUUACAUUCGUUUUGCGUGUUAUUCUAUUAAAUUAUUUUUCUUUUUUGUUUCUCUUUUUCUUUCUUCUCGAAUCAUUUAUAAGGAAACAAGAACCGUACGUUCAAACCAUUGUAGGACGUUCGAGCGCAUUUCGUUCGAUUUUCCUCGUCAUUUUCUCUUUUCCUUUUCGUUCUUUCUCGUUUUUGCGAAAAAAGAAGAUCGCCAAUUCUCUUUGUAAGACUCGUCUGGUGGUAUCCGAAAUAAGAAAACACACGAGAGAGGAGGGACACGUCGUUCUUAUCCAGUCAUUCAUUAAAAGAAAAACAAAAAAAAACACAAAAAAAAGAAAAACGAAAAAACCAAAAAAAAAAAAAAAGACGAAUCGGUAUCCGAUUGUGUAACGUCCACUUUCGCCUUUAGUUAAUCGCUAGACUUUAAGUGAGAGGGCCUUUUGGUUUUUCAUUUUGCCAAUGAAAAAGGUGAUGCCCGUCAAAUAGGAACCAUACACUCGCUAUUGUCUCUAAAAACGUAAAAAAGAAUAAAAAAAAAAAAACGAAAAAAGUAAAUAAAUAAGUAACGAGAAGCAAAGAAAGCGAAGAAAGUGGAAUGGAAAGAAACGAAACGAGAAACCGAAAGAUAUAUAAUGCAAGCAUACGUUGUUCUCCUGUUCGAGGAACCUCUCGCGACUUUUGUCCGCUCGAAGCGAGACGGUCCCUCGGACGCGAACACAUACGGCUCCUUUUUGUAUAUAUUUGUACAAAACGGAUUUGGCACAAUAAGCGAAGAACGGAGCGGCGAAAUCGCGCGAAAUCGGAAACAAUCGUGCGUUCCCGUGGCUCAAGUUCUAUCCAGAGACCGAUGCACGCUUCGUACUCUGUUGUUGGGACUCUGAUUUCCCGCGGGACUUGAGCAACACAAUCGUUUCUGUUGGUCAACGGCGCUCUUUUUUUCGAAUUACAUGUUGCUUCGACGCGGUGAUCGCGAUCGAAGCAGCUAAGUGUAGAGGCUAUCUGCGUUAGCGUAAGCGAAUUUAUUGUACCGGAGUGCAAAAUUGACAAGAGAGUGCGAAAGGAUGAGUGACGACGAGAUACCGCGGAAAAGAGCAAAAGAUGGAUCGAUCCUUUUGCUACGAUACACCUUUGGAACUUUAAUGUAUUGACAAUUUUUUGGUAUACAGAUCCGAGCAACUUUCGUCGACUCUCUGUAGCGUAUUGGAUCGUCCUUUGUAUCGAACUAACUUCUUUUUAUAUUAUUCUUGGCUUUGGACAAAUUUGGAGUAAUUCUAAAGUACUUGUCGACGUCUGUCACCAUAAAAUACUUGUUUCGUACGAAGUGUUUUCGACAAACUAAUUACACGUUGAGAAAUGAAAAUAAAUACGACGUUUAGGAGUAGAACUAUGGGAGUUUAGUAGUCGUAAAAGUAUAAGAGAAAGUAGAAACGAUUCUGUACCGUAGAGGAUUUCUGUAUACGCUUUCGGCAAAUUAUAAUUCGAUGGUUGAAAGGCUUAUCGUAGCGAAAGGUUUAAGAGAAAAAUGGAAAGACUACUAUAGGAGCGGAGAAUGCAAGCGAACGAGAAGGGAGGAGUCGACAUUGAAAAGAGCACAAUUGAUCGUAGCAAUACUUACAGAGGCUGUACAUGAUAUUUUUUAGUCCGAGGCAGGUAGUUCCUACCUUCGAUAUCAAAGUUGAUCGAAGCGCUCGUUCGAAAAAGAAAAAAAAACCAAGGGUUUAUUAUACGAUGUACCCCGAUUUUUGCAAAAAUGAGAAAAUGUUCAUAGAAAACGAAAGAGGAUAACUGGCCAAAAAAAAAAAAGUAAAAAAGAAAAAAAAAAGAGAAGG